GACAGUAUUUCAUUAUGUGGCGUGCAAUAAUCUUUAUACAAUAGUCGAAAAUCUAGUAGGUGGAGACACGUCUGCGGGGUACCUGCGGGAUAAUAAGUAUAAGAGAACAGCUCUUCAUGUAGCAGCAUAUAAAGGAAACGUCCGUGUGAUGGAGAAACUUUUGCAAUAUUAUCCAUCUUGUUGGGAUAUGGUGGAUAAAAAUGGUCAAAAUAUAAUGCACAUCGCGGUGGAGCAAAACAGGAAAGAGGGGUGAUUAGAUAUAUUUUGUCGCAAGGUUGUAAAGCAUAUCGUAACCUACUAAUGCAGAGGGACAAAGAUGGAAAUACGCCGCUCCACCUGAUCACCAAGUUGGGUUGUUAUGUCCAGGAACUGAUGGAUGAAAGAACGAUUGAUUGGGAAGUACUGAAUGGUGAAAAUGGCACUCCCCUGGAUCACCUAAUGCAUUGGGGAAAAGAGACUGCUCCUCUAACAGAUCAGGCCAUGCUUAGAAGAACACUUGUUGACGCCAAUGUUAAAAAGCACUGGCACUUCUUGCAAGCACUUGAAGAGGGAUAUAUACAAAAUGAGGAGGAUACUAAAGAAGUCGAACUGUAUAAAAGAUGGAUCAGCAUUCAUAUGGUAGUGGCUGCACUCAUCACCACUGUAGCCUUGACAGCCGGUUUUGCCAUGCCAGGCGGCUUUGAUGGGAAUCAAGGGAAGGCCCAAGGAUCCGCGGUCCUUUUAAGAAAGACAAGUUUCGAGGGGUUUAUAGUAACAGAUACAAUAGCUCUGAUAUGUUCAAUGUCUUCAUUAUUCCUCUACUUCAUGACAACAAUGUAUGAAGAUGUUGGGAGAGUAAGAAAAUUGUUCUUCAUAUCUGUGCUGCUCAACACUGCUUCGAUCAUCACAAUAACAGUGGCUUUCAUAACCGGGACAUACUCUGUACUGGAUCACUCAUCAGCCCUUGCGAUUAGUAUUAUUGUUAUCUCUUGCUCAUUCCUAGGCAUUGCCUUUCUGGUAUUCGUUAGCAUGUUAAUUACUGUAAUUAGGAUUCUUGCCGCAGACAUUAGUGUUUUUGCGGUCUUGAAGUAUCUAAAGUAAUCUGUCUUUCUAGGAAACUUGAGAAGUAGCAGCAUGAAGCAGAUUCUGUACUGAGAACCUACUUCUUUACUCAA